AUGUGCGAAACGGAUUUUUGGGAGGCGGGGCAGGCGAGGAGAGACCUCAUUGGGGAGGGUACUCCAGUACUCAGCGCCUCAUUAAGGCAACUUUCCUCCUACAGGCUGGCCACCAUGAUGCCCUCAGGACCGGUGCCCAGGGCCUGCUGGACUUCGUUCAUCUCUCUGCUUCUAGUCUGCUGUCUGCUGCCCCCAGGUACCCAAGGGCAGGAGUUCCAUCUGCGAGUGGAGCCGCAGAACCCAGUGGUGCCUGCGGGAGAGUCCCUCUUGGUAAAUUGCAGUAUAGAUUGCCCCAACGCUGAACUCAUCUCCCUGGAGACGUCCCUACUCAAGGAGUCGGUGGGCAGUGGCCUGGGCUGGGCAGCCUUCCAUCUCAGCAGUGUGACUGGUGACACCCAGCUCCUCUGCUCUGGCUUCUGCAGUGGCUCCCAGAUGAUAGGCUUCUCUAACAUCACAGUGUACCGGUUCCCGGAACGCGUGGAGCUGGCCCCCCUGCCCCGCUGGCAGCCCGUGGGCGAGAACCUCAUCCUGCACUGCGUGGUGUCCGGUGGGGCCCCCCGGGACCGCCUCACUGUGGUGCUGCUUCGUGAGGAGGAGGAGCUGGGCCGGCAGCCAGUGGGAAAGGGGGAGCCUGCCGAGGUCACGGUCAGGGUGCUGGCGAGGAGAGAUCACCAUGGAGCCAAUUUCUCUUGCCGCACGGAGCUGGACCUGCGCUCCCAAGGGCUGGGACUGUUCCAGAACAGCUCGGACCCCAGAAAGCUCCGAACCUUUGGCUUCCAGGGGCCCAACCUGACCCUGAGAGAGCCUAACGCCACCGAGGGGACCACAGUAACUGUGACUUGCGCGGCCGGACCCCGAGUCCAGGUCACGCUGGACGGAGUUCCAGCCGCGGCACCGGGACAGCCUGCCCACCUUCAGCUAAACGCCACUGCGAAGGACGACAGGCGCACCUUCUUCUGCAAUGCCACCCUCGAGGUGCAUGGGGUGAUCUUGCACCGUAACAGGAGCGUCCAGCUGCGUGUCCUGUACGGCCCCAAGAUUGACCGAGAUAAAUGUCCCCAGCGCUUGACGUGGAAAGACAGGACUAUGCAUAUCCUGCAGUGCCAGGCCCGGGGCAACCCGAACCCCAAACUACAGUGUCUGCGGGAAGGCUCCAUGUUCAAGUUGCCCGUCGGUAUCCCAUUCCUCGUCAUGUUAAACUAUAGUGGCACCUACUAUUGCCGAGCGGCAAGCUCACGGGGCACGGACAUUCUGACAGUGAUGAUGGACGUUCAGGGUCGGAACCCUACCGCCAUCACCAUUGCCCUGGCGUUGUUAACGAUCUUGGGCCUGGUGAUCCUCGCUGCGGCCUUAUUGUACGUCUUUGGGGUGCAAAAGCGGCAUGACAUCUACCAUGUGAGGCAAAGCAGCACCCAGAUGCCCCUCGAGCCUAAACAGCCAGACGAGGCUGUGGCAUUGGAAUUAUCCUGAGCAUCAGAGUGCCAUGAUACUGG